AUGCAGAGGGUGGUCCAUCCCGGUGACCAUGUCACAAAAGGCCUACACCAGGAGGAGGUUCAGGGGGAGGCCCUGAAAGGUUUUAAUGUAUUAAAAUAAAGCAGAUAUUUAUUAAUGUUUAAUAGGUGGUUGUAUACAGUCUUUUCUAUUAUUUUGAAGGAGAGUGUAGUGAUUACAUUGUACAGAGCUGUUUGCCUCAUAUCUACCAUUUGCUCCUUUACUUCCGUUCUUCUCAUAGCCACAACCUAGAAAUGAAGCAUAUCCCUGGAGCAGACCCUGAACUUGUAAUACUUAGUGCUACAUAUGAAGAAUUGGAGGUAAGAGAUUGCUAAUGGGGAAAAAAAAAACAUUUUAGUUUCAAUAAAAACCAAAUGACUGAAGCCAGGUCAUCAUUGGUACAUUUAAAAUCUCCAAAUUGGUGGUCUGACUAAUGGAUGCAAGACUCCUGCAGGCUAUUCAGGAAGAGGGUGGAGUAAGGAGGGCUCUGGGUACAUAUUGGGGCAUAAAUUAACGAAGAAGAAAAUGGGUGCAGCUGGCUUGUUCUGCAAAUAUACUGUACAUAAGACAACUGAGCAAAGACAACUCAAAUGUAAACAUGAACACUUGAAGUGCUUCUGUGACAAGAAUUUAGCAAUCAGAGAUAAACUGCUAUUAACUUAUUACUUAAAAAUUCAUUUUUAAUUUUUGAUUUGUCUCAAUGCAGCAAAUGCCUCAAGAAAACAAACAAACAUACCUCCAAACAUAUAAACAUAAAACAAUGGUGCAACCUGCUUGAUUCCGAUCUAAUUCCAAUUCAUGAAAAAACUGGGCACACUCAUACUUUAUGGAGCGGUUUUAGAUUUGGCUUCAGACCUUAAAAGCAUCUAGCCUCUUUAAGGGUGACGUCACCUCUCUCCCUCCAAACAAGCCUUCACUUAAAAAGAACGCAAAGAGUCACAACAAUUGCAUAUGUAGUGCAUUAUCCUUAAUAAACCAAUAAGGAAAGAAACGAAUAUACAGUUAACAUAUAUAAUGCCUAUCAUUUAAAGCCUAAAAUACAAGCUCAUACAAGUGUUCAUGUUUACAUUUGAGUGUUUUUUGUACUUCUCUUUUUUUUUUUUUAUGUAUGUACUUUAUUAAAACUGAACUUUGCAUGGUACUUUGUAAUGUAUAUUGGCAUAAAAUAAGUGCUCCCUGUUUUCUGGGUAGUUUUCACUCAUGGCAAAUGAGAUGUGAAUAGACAGGGGAAAACACAUUGGGGGUUUAUAGAGCAGCUUAAAUACAAAUUUAUAAAUUGUGAACAUUUCCAUUUGUACUGAUAAUUUCCACAGUUCCACAUUUUAUUUUUCAUUAGGUCACAUUAUGGCCUAUUUACAGGCUGUAAUGGCAGUCUGAAGUGCUUAACCCCUUAAGGACCAAACUUCUGGAAUAAAAGGGAAUCGUGACAAGUCACACAUGUCAUGUGUCCUUAAGGGGUUAAAGGAUCACUAUAGUGUCAGGAAAACAAACUGUUUCCUGACACUAUAUGAUCCAUGGGACCCCCCCUCCCCCCCACCCUCAGGGUCCCCCUCCCUUGGUGCUGAAAAGGUUAAAACCCCUUCAGCUACUUACUUUAAUCGGGAGCUCGGCGCUGGUGACCUCUCCUGCCCCGCCGACAUCAGCUCCUGUACACUUUAUCUACAAAUUAAAUACAUUCCCUACAUUUGCAAGUAAUUUGGCUACCAUAAUGUAUAAGUAACAUUAUCUAAUCACCGCAAGCUCACCAAUAACAUGACAAAUGAUAAAUGACAUGAAAGUGUAAAUCUAGUCACCUAUCUAAUUUCCUGGAACACAUACAUUAAAUUUUCACAUUUUUUAUUUAACGUAAGGCAUAUUUCUUAGCAUGCAUCCACCUACAUCUUCCAAAUUAGCUGCCUACAUCAUGUCGUUCUAUAAUUUAAAAACCUGUUUUAUAACUUGAGCAAGAGAGUAGAUGGAUUUAUUGCUGAGUGCUCCAGGGCAGGUAGUUUAAUAAUAUAUUACAAUAACCUAAACUGCUGAAUAUUUUUAAACUAAAAAGUUAAUACUCUAUUAUUGGAAAAUUGACCUAGGUCCUCGUCAAAGCAAAAUUUAAAAUGUCUUGUGAUGAUGCUCACCAGAUGCAUUUUAGUUUAAACUGGUAGUGGUAAACAUUUGUACCAGGUGUGGCUUCUGACAAGUAAAUACACUGUUUGUGAAAUUAAUUAUACUUCCCUUGAGGUUGGGAUUAAUUAUGCCGUUGUGAAUAGCCAGCAUCGUGUGAAUAAAGUAAACACAUCUGUGUGCAAUGUGCAUAUGCAAUGUAGUGCUAACCUGAGAAUAGCAUUCUCUCCAGGGUGCUUAAAAGAGAAUUGAACAUAAUCUACCUUCUUUGAGCAGGCUGAGAUGUAAUCCUGUAAUUUUAAAACCACAGGCAGAUUUUAUCUCGAAUCAUCACAUUCAGUAAUAGCUGGUUAUCUCCUUAGCACCAAAUCUCAUUAAAUCUCCGCAACGCAAUCAUCUUACAGAUUCCUGGAUGAAAAUUUUCCAGAAAUUCAAUAAUCUCUAAAACUAAUAUAGAACUAGUUGUGUUUGUUUUUUUUAGAAGAGGGGCUAAGGUUUAAAAAUAAUUUCAGGAAGUAUUACUUUACUGAGAGGGUAGUGGACGUAUGGAAUAGUCUUCUAGAUGAAGUGGUAGAGUGAUAAGGUGAAGUGGUACAGUGAAGGAGUUUAAGCAUGCGUGGGAUAGGCGUAAGGCUAUCCUAACUAUAAGACAAGGCCAGGGACUAAUGAAAGUAUUUAGAAAAUUUGGGCAGACUAGAUGGCCACAUGGUUCUCAUCUGCCAUCACAUUCUAUGUUUCUUAUCGGCCGUCACAUUCUGUGUAACAAUAUAUAAGGCAACCCCCAACACUAGCAUUUAUAUUAAAGGGACACUAUAGUCACCUGAACAACUUCAGCUUAAUGAGGUUGUUCAGGUGAGAACUAUAGCUCCCUGCAGCCUUUCUCAUGUGAACACUGUAUUUUCUGAGAAAAUAGUGUUUACAUUGAAAGCUAGGAACACCUCCAGUUGCAGUCACUCAGAGUGAACCAGAGGGACUUCAGAGUUGAUGGAGGCAUAAUAUGCCUCCAUCCACUCAGAUCUGCUGUCAGCAGAGCACAGGGCAGCACUGUGCACAGCAUCGUGUGAUUCAAUAUCUUCUCCCUCUGUAUGCAGACACUGAACUUUCCUCAUAGAGAUUCAUUGAUUCAAUUAAUCUCUACGAGGAGAUGCCGAUUGGCCAGGGCUGUGUUUGAAUCAUGCUGGCUCUACCCCCUGAUCUGCCUCUUUGUCAGUCUCAGCCAAUCCUAUGGGGAAGCAUUGUGAUUGGAUCAGGCUACCACAUGUCAGCAGACUGCUUGUUAUUCCGAGUCUAACAGCAUGCAGAUUUACAGAUUCCGGCUUGAAUACAGUAAGAUUUUUACUAUAUUUAUGGAGGCAUGAGGGGCCCAGGGGGGCUAGAUGGUGGUGUUAACGCUAUAGGGUCAGGAAUACAUGUUUGUGUUCCUGACCCUAUAGUGAUCCUUUAAUACUUUAAAGUGUGAUUUAUAUAUUUUAAUGAAAUGACAUACGGACAUGGUCAGUGCAGCCUACUGCCAUAGGUGAACCUUGACUUGUCUUUAAAUGUUUUUGUACCCCACCUCCUCUAGACUGUAAGCUUGUUUGAGCAGGGUCCUCAUCUACCUAUUGUUCCUGUGUCAUAGUGUAAUUGUCUAAUUUAUUGUAAAUCCCCCCCGUUCAUAAUAUUGUAAAGCGCUGGGUAAUUAGUUAACGCUAUAUAAAUACUAAUAACAACAACAAGUGCAUGACCAGUGUUGGAAGAUAUUGAGUUGGAAAAAAUAACUGCUUCUUCCAAGAUGGCCUGCUUUGUAUAAAAUAGAUAUAAAGUUUUCUAUGUUUUUCCCCCUUUGUAUAGUUUCAAGCUGAUGAAUUACUGUGUCUUGAUUAGUUUCGAGAAGAGAUACAAAGAUAUGACACAUUUUAACAGACUUGUGAUACCUUGCUCCAAGAUAUAGACAAGCAAACUUAUGUUCCUGAUUUGUUUAUAACACAAAACAUUGCUAAUAAGAUCGAGAGUCCCCAAUAAGUCAUAUAUGCUUAGAGCUCCAUUAAAGCUUAGGGCUAUCCCUAACUUUAGCAUUUGUUUUGUUUACAAAUAAGGAUUGGAUUGAGUCUGGUAAAUCUUUUAAAAACACAGUUUUAGAAUAGCCCAUGCUGAGGUCCAAGGAUUUAGAAGAGGUGGAAACUGGCACAGGCCCACUUACCCUUAAAUUUUGCUUACCAUUACAGCGCUAUCCACUAAGUGCCAUGAAGAGGAAGGAAAUUAACCAACUAAUGAAGAAUCUGGGGUUCUACAAGAAAGAAAGCCCGACUGCUCCAGUCCCUCCAGAGUUUCAGUUGGCACCAGCAAGGAAACCGUCUGAUUCCAAAGAUGAUUUAUAG